AUGGGUUCGGUGGGCGAUGGCGUUGAAGAGAAAGGAGUGGAGACGGUUGUGGUAGGGACGUAUGUGGAGAUGGAGAGCGACGAGAAACCCAGCACCGUCAAGUCCAAGCUCUCCAUGUUCCUCUGGCAUGGAGGAUCCACCUACGACGCAUGGUUCAGCUGUGCCUCGAACCAGGCGAGCUCCCUCUCUUCCAUCUCUCCCCUUCCCUACUCUUCAUCUUCUACCUUUGGCUUCUUCUCUCUUACUCUCGCCCGAUGUCCACGGCCUCCUCCAGGUUGCUCAAGUGCUGCUGACGCUACCCUACUCCUUCUCGCAACUGGGGAUGCUUAGUGGGAUUAUCUUCCAGCUGUUAUAUGGAUUGCUGGGGAGCUGGACGGCGUACCUCAUCAGCAUCCUGUACAUUGAGUACAGAACCAGGAAAGAGAGAGAGAAGGCCGACUUCAGAAACCACGUCAUUCAGGUGAACCUCUUCUCCCCCUUCCCCCGCUCUCCGCCGGCAACACCCUCCGCCAAGCUCUCACCACUGUCCCCUCCCCUUCUUAAAUCUUCAGUGGUUCGAGGUCCUGGAUGGGCUCCUUGGGAAGCACUGGAGGAACCUGGGAUUAGCCUUCAACUGCACCUUCCUCCUCUUCGGCUCUGUGAUUCAGCUCAUCGCCUGCGCGAGGUAUGUGGCAUGCUCACCACAAAGAACGAGUCUUUCUUCCAUGGGUCGUCUUCUUCCUCUCUGAUGAGGACCAUGGCGGUCUCUCUGAGUUGCAGUAACAUCUACUACAUCAAUGAUAAGCUCGACAAGAGGACAUGGACCUACAUCUUCGGGGCAUGCUGCGCCACCACGGUCUUCAUUCCCUCCUUCCGCAACUACAGGAUCUGGUCGUUCCUGGGCCUGCUGAUGACCACCUACACAUCCUGGUAUCUCACCAUCGCCUCCCUUCUCCACGGCCAGGUACUCACAGAGAUCACCCAUAAGCCACCCGAUUUCCGCUGCUUUCCUGUUCUUCGUUGCCGGCCGACUGACAUCGUGACCUAAAAAAAUAUGACGGCGGACAGGUGGAGGGGGUAAAGCAUUCGGGGCCGACCAAGCUGGUUCUUUACUUCACGGGGGCGACGAACAUUCUCUACACAUUCGGCGGCCACGCUGUUACAGUGUAAGCAGACAACGCCCGUCUAGGGUGUCUCGAUCCCGCGUCCCCUCUGUCUAACGUCUCCUUCGUCUUAGUCAUCUCGGAAACAACGAGGCGUGCCUGGUUCUUCGAUGUUUUCGUCUUUCCGUAAUCACUCAUUCAACUUACUUUAGUGCAUUGCAGAAGAAGAAAGGAAACGUCUUUUUCUAGUUUUUAAUGUAAAGAUGCUCAUAAAUGUCAUUCGCUUUUCAUCUCUCCCGUUCUGUAAUACUCGUGCUCUGAGACAGAGAGAGAGAGAGAGAGAGAGAGAGAGAAUCCUAUUAGAUGAAGCGACAGACCAGCAUCUGCUGCUAGUGUUUUGGCCCUUCGUCUCCCCUAAAUGCGAAGAGAAACCGAGACGGGAGGAACAUAGUCAAAGGAGAAUCUCCCGAUACUUCGUCGUAUACUUCAGGUUUUUAAUGACCAGAGUGGGCAAGCCUAUGCAAACACUGGAUUCUGCGUACAGACAAACAGGCGGAGGGGGAGAUGGCCCACACGCUGUCGGCUGCCUCCUCCUUCCUUCUCGUCUUUUUUUCUUUGCAGAGAGUAGGGGGUCAGAGAAAGAAGCCGCAGUGUUGUACAGUGAGAUCUAACGAACGCGUAAUGGUGUUCGCAGGGAGAUCAUGCACGCUAUGUGGAAGCCGCAGAAGUUCAAAGCCAUCUACCUGCUGGCGACGGCGUACGUCCUCACGCUCACGCUGCCGUCGGCGGUGUCCGUCUACUGGGCCUUCGGCGACGCUCUCCUCAACCACUCCAACGCCUUCGCCCUCCUCCCCAAAUCCUCCUUCCGCGACGCUGCUGUCAUCCUUAUGCUCAUCCACCAGGUAGCACCGUCGAGAUCGAAGCCCUCGGCUGUUCUGUGUCUGUCGUAGGGAAAUUCUGACGGAGUUCUCGUCUUUUGAUCUUCCUCGGAGCAGCUCAUCACAUUCGGGUUCGCCUGCACGCCCCUCUACUUCGUGUGGGAGAAGGCCAUCGGGCUGCACGAAUGCCGGAGCAUGGUCAAGCGCGCCGCCGCACGCCUCCCCGUGGUGGUCCCCAUCUGGUUUCUGGCCAUCAUCUUCCCCUUCUUCGGCCCCAUCAACUCUGCCGUCGGCUCCCUCCUCGUCAGCUUCACCGUCUACAUCAUCCCCGCCGUCGCCCACAUGGUCACCUUCCGCUCCGCCGCCGCCCGCGAGGUACGUUCAUCGCUGGGCUUCCUGACCUUGCCGCGAAGGUUCGAUUGCUAAUGCCCCCGCCGGUGGCGCAGAAUGCGGUGGAGGCACCGCCGAGGUUCUUGGGGAGGUGGGCCGGAGCCUACACCAUCAACGCCUUCGUCGUGAUCUGGGUGCUGAUAGUCGGCUUCGGCUUCGGCGGAUGGGCCAGCAUCACCAACUUCGUGCGGCAGGUCGACAACUUCGGGCUCUUCGCCAAGUGCUACCAGUGCCCGCCGCCGGCCAUCCCGCCGGUGCCAGGUCUCCCGAUCCCCACCUUCCUCCCCAACGCCACCGCGCCCACCAUCGCGCCCUCUCCUUCUCCUUCCCUCGGUCUCCGCCACCACCACCAUCACCACCACCAUAGCCCCUGA